UCAUGUCACGUCAUUUUGACUUGUGGCGACCGACUGUCGAUCUACCGAUCGCCUGGGGUCCCGAAAUUACCUUUAUUUCCAGCUUUUAUCUAAGAUAAUUGAGCUAUUGUAUAUUAGGAAUGGGUUACAAAUUUCUAAAACUCGCAUCUACGUCUUUCAAGACUAGCAGUAUUCGUAUUGGCACAAGACAGUACUCAACAGCACAUGAUGCCGACAUAGUAGUAAUUGGCUCGGGCCCCGGCGGUUAUGUAGCAGCUAUUAAAGCUGCCCAGAUGGGCAUGAAGACUGUUUCAGUUGAAAAAGACCCAACCCUGGGCGGGACCUGCCUAAACGUCGGCUGUAUCCCCUCGAAGGCGCUGCUCCACAACUCCCACUUAUAUCACCAAGCCAAGCACGACUUCAAGAGCCGCGGCAUAACUACGGGAGACGUCGGCUUCGAUCUUGGUACUAUGAUGGCCUACAAAGCCAACUCUGUCAAAGCCCUAACCAGCGGUAUUGCCAUGCUUUUCCAAAAAAAUAAGGUGAAACUACUCCGUGGUCACGGAACUAUACUGGCUCCGAACAAAGUGGAAGUAAAGGGCGAGAAAGGUGUGGAGACAGUCAACACAAAGAACAUUCUCAUUGCUACUGGCUCGGAAGUUGCGCCAUUCCCAGGAGUCACGUUUGAUGAGCAGCAAAUCAUCACGUCUACUGGUGCCCUAUCACUGAAGUCUGUCCCAAAGAAAAUGCUUGUCAUCGGAGCUGGAGUAAUUGGCUUAGAGCUGGGCUCCGUAUGGCAGAGACUUGGGGCAGAUGUCACUGCUGUCGAGUUCCUUAGUAGUAUUGGAGGUGUGGGUAUCGAUGGCGAAGUAGCCAAGACCCUACACAAGAUCCUCGCGAAGCAGGGCAUGAAGUUCAAGCUGGAAACUAAAGUCAUGUCCGUCAAGAAGGAGGGCUCCACGGUCAAGGUCGAGGUCGAGGCCGCCAAGGGAGGCAACAAGGAAGUGUUGGAAUGCGACGUGGUGCUGAUCUCGAUCGGUCGGCGGCCAUACACCACCAACCUUGGGCUGGAUAAGGUGGGCAUCGCGCUGGACGACCGCGGCCGGGUGCCCGUCAACAACAAGUUCCAGACCAAGGUGCCCGGAAUCUACGCUAUUGGCGAUUGCAUUCACGGCCCUAUGUUGGCGCACAAAGCUGAAGAUGAAGGCAUCGUGUGCAUCGAAGGAAUCAAGGGAAUGCCAGUUCACUUCAACUACGAUUGUAUUCCAUCAGUAAUAUACACGUCCCCUGAAGUAGGCUGGGUUGGGAAAUCUGAAGAAGAUCUGAAGAAAGAGGGCAAGGCAUAUAAAGUAGGAAAAUUCCCGUUCUUAGCGAAUUCAAGAGCAAAGACCAACGGUGAGCCCGACGGCUUCGUUAAAGUUCUCUCCGACAAAAGCACGGACGUCAUCCUCGGGACACACAUCAUUGGACCCGGCGGCGGCGAGCUCAUCAACGAGGCCGUGCUGGCGCAGGAGUACGGCGCGGCCGCCGAGGACGUGGCCCGCGUGUGCCACGCGCAUCCGACAUGUGCAGAGGCGUUACGUGAAGCGAACAUGGCCGCAUACAUCGGAAAACCAAUCAACUUCUAAUUUUAGAUAUACAAAUAGUUGUAUGAAUAACGUUUAUUUAAAUGCCCACUCGCCAGCAGGGCCGUGCGCCAGCUGAUCGCUGCCCCGUAAGGAAUGUUGUAUGAGUCUGACAUGAAAGUUUUUGAAUAUCUGAAAUUUACUUAUGUGGUCGUAAGCAUACUUUUCUUUCUGUAAGUGACUGCUUAUUUCAUACAGUUUUUGAAAUGUUCCGUCACAUUAUUUAUUUUUGCUACCACUGAGACGUUAUUUAUUUAUUUUUAUUACCAAAUUCAUAUUUUUAUUUUUAUUGAGUUCAUUCCGUUAUCUUGAUAGAAAUGUUUUUGGGUUACCUCAGUAAUGUAUGUACAUUUCGUGUAUUUAUUUUAUUUUGUAAAUAGCUUUAAAUACACAUAUAUGAAAGUA